UUUGUUAGCAGGAACACGGCAGUUGUGGGGGUACGGUUUUAGCGGUGCACACAGUGAACUCUAACCCCUUCAACUGGUUUAUUGUUUUGAUUUAGCUGUGUGUCUUUUGCGUAAAAUGAAGCUACUUUAUCGACGGGGAUAAAUAUUUAAAACGCGUGUUAUUCCUGAGGGUUUACUUAAACAAUGACUGUGUCGAACAGAUUCUGGCGUCGCCGCUGAUAAAGAUGCUUUCUCCCAGGUGAGCUAACAUUAGCGGUGCGGCUAACGCAGCGUACGUAGCUUUGGUAACAACAUGACGAUGCUGAGGAGCGCUGAGUAGCAGAGACCGACCACACAUCGGUAGAUUUCCUGCUUGUCCGGCAUUGCUUUCUGGGGUUGGCCUUGUCUUUGUGUCUGGGUAGCCACAAAACGGCGUUUCAGACCAAACCUAUCAACACUGCUUACAUUUAACCGGCGGUUUAUCAUCGACCAGUGUUGGACAUUUGCAUCACUGCCGCUCUCUUUCGAUGGGGGAGGAAAAGCCGGACACGCUGGACUUUGUGAAGGAUUUCCAGGAGUAUCUGAGCCAGCAGACUCAGCAUGUCAACAUGAUAUCAGGCUCUGUAAGCGGCGUCAAGGAGGCGGACGAGCUGCCUGCAGACUGCAGUCAGAAUGGACUGGAUCACCCUGCAGUGGACAUGGCAUUGGAAGAUACCUCAGGGAUCCUGGUGGAUGGCUUUGAGAGGACCUAUGACGGCAAGUUAAAGUGCCGCUACUGCAACUAUGCUACCAGAGGCACAGCACGACUCAUUGAGCACAUCCGAAUUCACACUGGAGAGAAACCUCACCGCUGCCACCUCUGCCCAUUCGCUUCGGCCUACGAGCGCCACCUGGAAGCCCACAUGCGAUCACACACAGGCGAGAAGCCUUACAAGUGUGAGCUGUGCUCCUUCCGCUGCAGUGAUCGGAGCAACCUGUCACACCAUCGCCGAAGACGUCACAAACUCCUGCCAAUGAAAGGCGCUCGUUCACUUUCUCAUAAGAAGAUGCUGAGUGUUUUACAGAAAAAAGCCAGCUCGCUGGGCUAUAGCCGCCGGCUCCUCAUCAACUUCAGCCCCCCUUCGAUGGUGGUGCACAAGGCUGACAACGUGAACGACUUCUCCCAUGAGCUGCCCCACUUACGUCAGGAGAGCUAUGAUAAUCAGAGUAGAGUAGCCGAGGAUGGGCUCUCCACAAAUCAAAAUCACCAUCACCAUGAAAUGGUCAUGGAUAACCCUCUGAAUCAACUGUCAACAUUAGCAGGUCAGUUGGCCAGCCUGCCUUCAGAUUCCCAGGCUCAGAAUCAGGCUCCCAUGUCUCCAGGAGCAGAGUCUAUUGUCGAUGAGAAGCCCUUCCUCAUCCAGCAGCCACACCCUGCCACGGCUCCCGUUGCUGUCACAGCAAGCAUGGCUCAUGCUUCCUCCUCUUCCCCAAUCACCCCAGAGCCCCGAGCUCCUCCCCACAGUAACUGCAGCCCUGGAGGGGGACCCUGCAGCGAGCACAGCGGGCGCACCAGUACCCCGAGUAUCUCCAACAGCCAACCCAGCACACCGGCCCCAGGCCUGUCCGCACCACUUCAGGACCCCCACAUGCUGCAUCACUGCCAGCACUGUGACAUCUAUUUCCCCGACAACAUCCUCUACACCAUCCACAUGGGCUGCCACGGCUACGAGAACCCAUUCCAGUGUAACAUCUGUGGCCACAAGUGCAAGAGCAAGUACGACUUUGCAUGCCACUUUGCACGAGGGCAGCACAAGUAACGGAUGAAUGGGUAAUACUUGGAAAGGACUUUUAACGGACAGCAUUGUUUUAUUAAUUCCAUAGUUACUUUAUUUAUUGGUCUUUCACUUUAUUGGCCUUUUAUGUAGCCUAGUCUUUGAGAGUUACACAGAAAAUGUUAACAUUCAGAUGGUUUCAUUUUGUGUAAUUAAAAGUGCCCAUUCAAGUGUAUUAAAAAGGGAUGAUCAGUGUUUUCGACAGGUUGAGAAUUUAUUUGUGGUGAUGAAGGCAGUUAUAUUCACAUACUCUCUUAAAUCAGAAAAACAACUUCACUGCUUAGCAUAACUAAAAAGCUUUAUUUGAGAUCAGAGGUCUCCAAAUUUGGCUUUGAAAACAAAAGACAUUGCAAUAAAGUGAAAUUUUGUUCAUAAGUCGGGCCUUUUCUUCAGUACAUGAAAUUAAUUGAAUGGCAAACCUUUUUUAGGUAUGUCUUUCAUAUGGAACACCAUGCAGCACUAAGGUAACAACGUAAGGUAGCAAACAAAAAUGACUUUCACUGUAAAUGCCCAAAGUACCUCAAAAGUAAUGCAUGUACGUGACUGGAAGUAGAAGUGGCUGGCACAUGGACAAAAUGCAGUUCUAUUCCUUUUCAGUAAAGGGCUAAUAUUAAUGGCAGUCUACGUGUCUUUAAGAAAACCACACACUUGCUAAAUGUAAUGUUAUUGAGUGACAUCCCCCUAAAGACAUGACUGUCACUCAUCUGUGCCCAUCAAGAGAGUUAAGGGACGUGGAUCUACUCGCAUGUCGGCUGCGUUCUCAUCUUUAUGUAAAUUUGGGGAAAAAAAUCUAACGUAUGAAUAACUGAGAGGACCACAAAUGAAUUCUCAACACUCCUGGAACUAUAUCUAAUCCUUGUUCUGAUGAAACUAACUCAGGAGUGAAACUGUUGUCCUUGAGUGAUCUUAAGCCUUGUUAAAAUUAUUUCAGUGCUUGGUGCAUUAUUCCUCUUUCUUUGCAGUGCCUGACCUCGUCACAUUCUUGUGUGUCCAAGAUAGAGAGGACUGUUACUUUAAAGACUGCUAGAUAUUACAAUAACCUCUUUUUACAAUAACAAAUAGACCCAGAACCUUAGUAAAAAGUUUGGCCAUUGUAGUUUCCUAUGGUAGCCAUGAUUUUUCUUCUUCUUUUUUUUUUCUUUGCCAAAAUUGUGCUCCAUAAAUGCUGCUAAGAAACUUCACACUAAAUGCCAGAUCGACCAUAUAGCUGGCAUUAGAGUAAAACCUGACCAAUCUUUGUAUCAGUGGUAUUUGGUCAGCUAGCGAAGUUGUUGAACUAGAACUUGUGUGUUUUGCAGUUCCUCCAUACAGUGCCCUUCCUUGACCGCCAUCACGGUAGCUUCACUCACUUUGUUAAAAGGGUUUUGGAUAUCUUUUUGGUUACACCUUGUCUUAUUCUGCUCUUUUGAUAUUGUAUGAAGUCACUUUGAUAUCAAGUAUCUCUGUCUUUAGGACGAAAUCACAAAGUCUCGUGUCUCAUGUGAACACUUUUUCAGAAUUGCCACGUAGCACUGGGGUUGCCACGUUUUAGCCUUUGUGAUAACAGACACUGAGAUUUCCUUUUCAUCAUAUGGAUCCCGGUGCUUUUCUGAAUAUUUACUGAGUAUUGUAUUCUGAAUGGUUGGAUAGAUGUUCAGUGUCAAAAAAAGCAAAAUCGUGUUACAGUAAGACUGCUACUUUAGCAAGGUUGUCCUGUGUCUUGGGUACUGUUGUCUGUUGCUUAGCAACAUGUGUGGAGAACAUAGUUGCUGUUUUUUGUUUUUUUAGGACCACCUCCUUGUUACCAUGCUUACCAGUAAUGAGGACAUCCAGUAAUGACUGCCUUAUGUUCUCUGUGUGUCGUAGGUUCAUAGGUAAUGGUGAAUGUUUCAGCCUUUUGGCGAUCACUCUCUCCCUCUGGGAUGGCAAAUCAUUUUAUUGAUGUGAGAUGGAUUUCUAAUUUAUAAGUAAAGUGUUUUCUAACUGAAA